AUGAGCACGCGGUACUAUGUUUCGCUCAACGGAAAUAAGGGUAUGCGAACAAAGAUUAACGAUAAAAGCAGAAGCAGCUUCGGCAACGGCAUUGGCUUUGGCUUUGGACUGUGGAGCAUCGGCAGUAACGGAAUUAUCACAAAGUAUCAAUUGGUACCAGCGCUAUUUUCGUCAGUGCAAGUGUCUCCGACAUAA